AUGAACUGCUUUUACACUUUUAUUAUUGCUCUGCUCAGUGUUUCUGGACCUUUGUUUGUCAGCGGACAUGAGACUAGUAUGACCACAAAGUCUACACCGUGCCCAAUGCAUCAUUCUACCACAACUAGCUAUUCAACAGCUGCAACAGCCACCGCGACUUCAGCACCCUAUCGUCGACACCUUUACCGCCGACAUGUUGAGCAACCUAGUCCACCUGCAUCGAUUGGUCAAUCUAGUCCGACUGCAUCGAUUGGUCAAUCGAUCCUUGCCUAUCUGAAAUCCAUUACGGCUAAAGAUUCGAAUGCAACCCCAAACUCUACACCACCCAAUGAAAACACUGCUAGUGACAGUGAUACGACACAAUUGAAGACGUUCAAUACGCUUGUCUCUAUUAUUCAAUCUACUCGUAUCAACACGAUCAUUAACAAUCUUGGUUCUACUCAAGGUGAUGUGGUGCUUUUUGCACCCACUGAUCAAGCCUUUGCUGCUCUACCCAUUCCGAUCAAACCUGGAUCUGCCCAGAGUUGCAAUAGUGCUUCACCCUCUGUGCAUCGUGGUAACACAUGUGUAGGUUCUGACCAAAGUGAUCCUAUUACGUCACAUCCACUCUCCAACUCGGACGACCCUGCCGUAACACUUUUGAUGAUGUAUCAUAUUCAUCAUGGUGACGCAAUCACGUUUCCUAAAUCAAUGAUGGAUUCAUCUUUUUCCACAUCAAACGAAUCCGAUUCCAUUGAAUCUCAUUUGGAUCACCCCAAUUCCAACACUGCACCCGAAUCCUCUUUUUCAACCCCGUCAUGGAUACGUCAACGUGUUACGACUCUUUUGGAUGGGUUUGAUAUGGUGGUGGAGCUUGGUGCGCCGCCUACCGAUUUGGAAAGUACUGGCAGUCGACAGAUUAAAGCUACCGUCAAUCGCAAUGCUCGUAUUCUGAACGUGCAUCGUGUUAACAAUGUUUUAGUGGUUGUACUAGAUCGAGUUGUGUCACCAUUUAGCGGAUGUAUUGGUUAUGAUUCAUGUCAGGGUGUUGACGAGUGA